AUGCCCUUUCUCAAACGUGACGUCAACGCCAUGGCAGCCAUGUUGUCGCAGGACUCGUCCACAAAUGCAAAAAAACAAGCUCACCGCCCCGGCGACAGUAUCACCAUAGAAACAGCUCUCUCUCCAAUCAUUAUACAGCAAGAUGAAUCUCUUGCCAAACUGCUAAGACGUUUGCACCAGUUCGAAAAGAAUCUUGAUAGACGGGUUGGCAUUGAAACACAGGGCGUAGAUCAAAUCCCGGAAGAGAAAAGAACACCACCAUCCAUACUGAAUACGUUCUUUAUGUGGUGGUCGAUGACCAUGCAUGUUGGAACGUUGCAGAUCGGACUCUUGGGUCCUCUGUUCGGACUAUCUUUACCUCUCUCAGUAGCCGGUACAGUGAUUGGUUGUUUUCUAGGCGCGCUGUGUCCUUCGUUUACAGGAACCUUGGGUCCAAAGAUAUUCUUUUGGAUUUCGGGGGGCCAAAAUCUGCUGAAUGUAACAGCUUCAAUUGGGUUUUCCGUUGUCAAUUUAGUUGUAUGCGGACAGCUUUUGAGUGCGGUGUCUGACUAUAAAUUGACGGUUGACGUUGGAGUAAUUAUCAUUCAGGUUUUGUCUUACACGAUUUCUGUUUUUGGCUUCACCUUUAUUCACAGGUUUGAAAAGUUCUCUUGGGUCUGGAUCUUCGUCUUUUUAUCAAUACUACUCGCACAGACAGUGCCACGACUGAAUUCGUCUUCAUCAAGCGUUUCGAUGGCUCAAGAUGGAAUUGCAGGUCCGUUUUUAUCUUUUAUUGCCAUCAACUUCUCGAGCGCAUCUGGCUGGUCCCCGAUAGUCGCAGACUAUUACUGCAAUUACUCAUCUAAUACGCCUACCUGGAAGGUGUUCUUACUUACUGUGUUUGGAAUUGGCAUUCCAACCAUCUUCACAACCGUAAUCCGGUCGUGCGUAGGUGAACUUGCCUUCAACUCUUCGGACAGCAUUUAUAGCGAAGCCUUCUCAAAACACGGGCCUGGGGGUCUACUUCAAACUGUGUAUCAUCCUAUCGGCUUCUCAAAGUUCACUCUUGGUGAUUACUUCCAUGCCAUUCCAAGGCUUUUGUGGCCGCUGUUCGUGGCAAUUGUCUCCGCGGUUCUCGCCAUGGCCGGCAAAGACAGCUUGGCUGCCGUUGUUCAGAAUUUUGUUAGCCUUCUGGGAUACUGGACUACACGUGGUUCAGGCUAUGAUAUCGAUGCUUGGGAUCAACCCAGACAGUUGUCCAUGGGCAUUGGUGCAGUGGUAAGCUUGCUGGCGGGGUAUUUGGCUGGAGGAGUGGUGGGAAUGAAUCAAAUGUGGUAUGUUGGGCCUAUAGCUGCAAAAUUCGGUAGUCCGGGAGGCGAUGUCGGAGAGUUCCUUGCGGCUGCGUUCACAUGUAGUAUAUAUAUUAUUUUGAGGGCGGCUGAGAAGCGAAUACUCGGAAAAUAG